UAGUAGGUGCCUUCGGUUCGGCAAUUCUGCUUGCUGUGCUCACUUGACGAAAAUUUGCAAGUGAAAACAACAAUAAAGUUAUUGAGCAAUAUUCGUCGUUAGCGAGUCUGCUUAUACCGCAUUAAACUCUCUAUUUUCAUAAAACAAAUGUACUUUUUGGUAGCUCUUUUCCAGCGCUACCAAUAUGUGUUUAUUUAUACCAGUUGCUUCAUCUAUUCGCCACUUGCUAAGGCUUGGCGAAACGAGGAAGCCUUACAUCUUCGGGCUUUUGACGUUCUUCUCUUUCUUUAACAACCAUCUAAGCACAUCGUAGCUUAGUCGAAGCUGAAUUUACCAUAAUAAAUCAGCUAUAGAAACGUGGCUACCAAACACAAGCAAUUCCGUUACUAAGAGUAUAAAAAGAGUUACCAGUGCAGGCAAAACAUUAGUUUUAAACAGGAAACUACACAAAGUAGACAGCAUGCAAAAGACAAUUCUUUCAAUCAUCGCCUUGACCCUGUUUGGUCUCGCCAAUGCACAAAUCAACUCAAGUGGGGCGUGCCCAAGUCCGGCAGCGCAGAGUAACUUCAACUUAUAUGCAUAUAUGGGCACCUUUUACGAAUAUGCCAAGUAUCCUUCUGCUUUGGAGGGUAACUCCAAGUGCGUGAAAGCAGUACACACGCAACCAAGUGAAAAUGUGAUGUACACGGUGGAUACAUUGGUUGAUCCAACUACCGGCAAAAGCAGCGAUUAUGGCGCUAAUGCCACGCAAAUUUCGAGUGGUAAAUUCAUGAUUUACUACCCUGGUGAAGUAACUCCCACCAGUUUUUCGGUUUUGUUCACCGAUUACAUUAGCUACGCUGUUGUUUACACCUGCGAACCCGCUAGUGGCAACACACAUAACACGUGGAUUUGGAUCUUUACCCGCGAACGAGUACCAUCUGCUGCCACUGUGGCGAAGGCUAAAAAUGUUGUGAGCUCAAGUGGAUUUGAUCUCUCGCCAUUGACUGUUACGGAUCAAAGCAAUUGCUAAGCAGCAGCUUCUGAUAAUUUUUCUUGAAUGCAGAAAAAUUCUAAUUGAGUGGACUGGCUUGGAAUUAUGAAUAAGUAGGCUGCUCAGUCAAACAAAAAGCUAAAUAAAUAUGAAUUCUUAACAUCUGGAAUUAGUAAAAAGAACUUUUUGUUAAAUAUAGUAUCAAAUAAAUAAGCUCUUGGAAGCAAAAUAUUCGAUAU